UUUGGUAACACCAAUCUGUCAGGAUUAAAACAAAUACAAUUUUAAUAUAUUGAUAGCAUGUUGUUUACGAGAUGACGAUUCGAUUUGAUUGGAUUUAUUUUGAUUUUUUGUGUUCGGGCUGACUAGUUUUGGAAUAAUUGUUACCAGUGGAAUUUCCGUGUAUCUCAUUACUGUUGUCUAAUUAUAGUGUGGUAGUAUACUAUCCAUCGUAAUAUACUAUACUAUCGUAGUUUACUGGAUUCUGGCAAGUAAUUAGCUGUAAAUAUGGAAGAUGUUGAUCCAUCUGAUAGGGGGGAAUGUCGGUCGAUGUACAGUUAUAUUAUUGGCUGGGCUGAGCCCCCCGACCAGAUAUGAAAUUAUUAAAUUUGUCACAAUAAAAAAAAUUGAGUUCUUUUCACCUUUUUACAAAACAUUUAAUAUAUCCGAAACCAUAAGGUACCUUUUUCCCGUGGGAUAUCACAAAAUCUUGCGAAUAUUGAUCAGAUACUCCACUGUACACUGUCUAUAACUGUAAUAUGAAAUGAUUCAUAUACAUACUAGCCGUGUCAUAUCCAACCUCAACAUUGGCAGAAUCAUCAACACCUUGAUGGAGCCAUAACAUGGAAAAUUGAAUUUGAUUUUGCAGUGCAAUUUCUCCCUUGAUUUUCGUUUGACAUUGUUUAGAUAAUGAAAAAAGUUAAUAAUGAUAUCAAUAAUUUUGUGCCAUCGCUUUUAAAUCCCAGGACUAUAAAUAAAGAAAAUUUCUCAUUGACUCAGAAUUCCGUAGUCAGUCGUUGCUCACUGUCCUUAAAAAGAAAUGUUGGCUUAGCUAAGAGGGAUACUAAUCAGACUGUUCCUGCAAAGAAAAGGUUGUUCAGCCAAGACAGAAAUCAAUGCAACACCCAAAAUUCUUCACUUUGUGUAAAAUCUAUUAGUACUCUAGUAGAUUUUGACUUAUCCGGAUUUGAAGAAGACAAAGAGAAAAGCAACCAUGUAAAGCCUAUAUUUAAGAACCUUGCCACUAAGCAGCUUUCUUUUUUCAACAAUAGUGAUUUAGCCAAUGCCAGCACUGUACAUCUAUUGUCAGAUGAUCUACAAAGUCUACAAACACCAAAACACAGGAAUGUCACAAAUUGGGAUCUAAGGAAUGAAGUUCUAACAAGUCCUGGAACUAAUAAACUGGCACAGGAGCAAUGCAGCCUUGGUUCCUCAAUCUUAGAAUACUUACAACCCAUUUCAGACUCGAAUCAAGUCAGGAACAUAGAAAUUCAAAAUGUAGUCUAUAAUCAUUCUUUGAUAAGUGGUUCUUCUGCCAAUGAACUAUACCAAUGUGAAGAAACAAUUCUUCACGAUUUAAACGAAGAAUCUCAUGUCUCAAUCUCAUUUGGUAUAGAAGACUGUGAAUUCGUCGAUCUGACCACGAAAAACUCUAAUAUUAAGAAAGUAUCUAUUACGCAUAAGGAUAAAAAUGUUAAUUUAGAUUGUGAGAUAGUGGAAUGCACUCCUCUUUCUACUGAGAGCGAGUACGACGAAAACAUGAACGAAACAACUUUUCCAAAGAGGUCCGGCGUGGCUGUCAACCUAGAAAUUAAAAAGAAAAAGCUGGCUACUGACACAGAAAACUCUAAAGUUCUUAUUUUGAAAACAGAUGCCAUUGAGAAACUGUCGCACGUCAUUGUUCAGCCGCAAAAUUGUAAAUUAGUGAAACGUCAUUUGAAUAAUAGUAAAUUUGGUAGAAGCAAAAAUAAUUUCGGUAUUAGAAAGAAUGGGAAGAGUGAUAACUUGAAACAAAAGUCGAUAACUUCGUUUUUCGCUAAAGACUCUAAAGAGGCAGCUAGUUAUACCGCGCAAGAUGUUGCGAUAGUCGAGGAUGUUGCUGUUGAAAUGAGCAAGACCACGGGUGUGUCUGAUUCCAAGUGCGGCCGGCCUUGCAGACCAGAGUGGAAAGGCGAACCAUCCCCACGAUGCCGUGUGGCCUCCGCUCCGAAACACAACGACGGUCGGUCCCGGGGCAAAGCGAACAGCGCUCGGUCCAACUCGCCCUUCAAGCAUUUGGAACCGUUCACCCUUUCAGCCAAGACGAAGUCUAACAGGACCUUUGGCUCGGGGAAGGCUAUUCCGCAUUAUAAGAUCGUGGCAGGCACACAUUUCGCCGUGGACGCCUUUUCAUACGGAGACAUACCUAGCGUGAAGCAUUAUUUCUUGACGCACUUCCAUUCCGAUCAUUACUCUGGGCUUAAGAAAAAUUUCAGUAAAUUAUUGUAUUGCUCCAAAAUCACAGGUGAUUUAUGCGUAUCCCGAUUAGGAGUGAAUCCGAAAUGCAUCCACGUUCUCAACUUAGAGGAGACGACAAGGAUCGAGGGGGUCGAUGUCACCGCUGUCGACGCGAACCAUUGUCCCGGCGCGGUCAUGCUGUUCUUCUGCUUGCCGAACGGGAAGACCAUCCUCCACACAGGAGACUUCAGAGCAUCACCGGCUAUGGAAUCUUAUCCCGUGUUCUGGAACAGCGACGUUCACACCAUCUACCUCGACACUACUUACUGCAACCCCCGCUACGACUUUCCGACGCAAGAGCAAAGUCUAGAGAUGGCGCUGUCUUUGCUGCGGACGAAGAAAACAGCACUGGAGAAAGUCGGCAAGAAGUUCUCUUCCGUCCUUAUCGUCUGCGGCACUUAUACUAUAGGUAAAGAGAAGUUUUUUCUCGGCAUGGCACGUCGCGUCGGCUGCUCUGUGUGGGCUUGCCCCGAAAAGGAUAAGGUACUUCAAACGGUGGAGGGGCGUAGUUUCUGCACCUCGCCGCCGCACUCGUGUCAACUGCACGCUGUUCCGAUGAGAGAUCUCAGUCACGAGAAACUGAAGAGCUACUUGGAGAGUCUGAACGGCGCGUUCACCGAGGUGGUAGCCUUUAAGCCGAGCGGGUGGGAGAACGGGAAAAAUACUACAGUGGAGAAGGACAUGGUCACCAUACAUGGCAUUCCAUACAGCGAGCAUUCCAGCUUCUCCGAGCUGAUCCGCUUCGUGAAGUUCCUAAAGCCGAAGCAGGUCGUGCCCACCGUCGAUAUCUCCGGCGGCGUCAAAGCUGUGCAGAAGUACUUCCCCUGUCCCCUGGUGCACCACGACGACGCGCCCCAGCAGAGCAAGGUGACGGACUACUACAGCAUAGAGCGCCGCCAGCAGGUGCCCGCCGGCACCUGACGCCCGGCGGGCCGGUCCGAUCCGACUCCGGUACGAUCCUAGCUUAAAUCCCCGCAUUGUUUUUUAAUACCAACCUUUGGCAGACACCAAGGAUUUGGCUUGAAGGACGGCCAUAAUUGUUAAAAAAAGGUUGUUGGGCAUUUUAUUCAAGCUGGAUAUCUCGUCUGAGAUAUUUCGUUGAGGCAUGAAAAAACUUAAAUGUGACAUUAUCUAUGAAAGGGGACCUUAUUGUCGAUGGCGCUUCCGCCGCACUGCGUAGCGCGGCGUUGUUUAUAAUAUGCGAGCGUCGUUGAUAAUAAGGUCCCUUUUCAUAGAUAAUGUCACAAAUGACGUCACGUUGGAAUUGCCGUAUUUGGCAAGUGAAUAUAUUGAAAGUGGCUUGUAACUUUGAUAGCAUGUUGAGCAUGAUGCUAAAAGUAUGAACUCAUUCAAGCUAUUAACACCUCAACGGAGUACCCUAGACGGUUUUGAGUGCAAAUAAUUUGUGAAAUAAUCUAACAAUUUCGACUAAUACGAAGCUGGGUUUAAUUCUCGGGAUUUGUUUUGUCUGUGACGUCAAAUAUUUAAUCAAAUAAGAUGGAUCGAUAAAAAAGACCGAAAACGGAUCGGACGCAGUGUGCAAGCGCUCCUGUUUCGACCAGAAAUUCGAUACAGUAUUAUUGUUAUUCCAUAAGCUGCCAUGAGACUGUGAUUUUUGAUAUCGUUUUUUAGUUUUAAUCUUUUUUUUAACAGGGUUGUGUUCGGUUAGUAAUAAAAAUUGUUAAAAUCUA